AUGUGGAGCAUGGCGGGCUCCGUCGUACUACGACUGGCACUGGGGCCGCUCUGUGAUCAGUACGGAGGCAAAAUUAAUUGUCCUCACCAGUGUUCUAGGGGUGUGUGCCAUUUUGGGCGGGAGUAUUGGGUUCCUGACACGGCACAGUUUCACCACCUUGCGAGCCUUGGUGGGAUGUGUGGCUGGGACCCUCGUCCCGACACAGUAUUGGAUCACGGCACAGUUUGUACCCGAAAUUUGCGGGACUACAUGGCACUGGUGGUUGGAUGGGGCGCCACGGGAGGAGCCAUGGCACUUGUGUUCAUGGGAUACAUUGUCUUCCCAAUCUGCUUGCACUGGUUGGAUGAUAAUGAAGAUUUGGCUUGGAGGGUGGCGUUGCUUGUACCAGCCGUCAUUGCACUUGUCAUUUCAUGUCUAUCCUAUCGGUAUGCCGAUGAUACACCCUUGGGUAGCAUACAACAAGUACAAAAGGCAGGACUAUUGCAAGCACGGUCUGCCGCUGAUUCCUUUGGAGCAGGAGCCAUCAAUCUCAAUGCGUGGUUGCUCUUUUUCCAAUUUGCCGCGGGGUUGGGCAUUGAAUUGACCACAGAAUCGGGGAUAUCAGCACAUUUGGCCGAACGAUUCGAUCUCUCGCUGGCGCAUGCGUCUUCCUUGGCCAGUCUCUUUGGACUCAUGAACUUUUUUGCAAGAGGACUGGGAGGGUGGAUCUCGGAUCAAAUGCAUCAACGCGACAGUCUACGAGGAAGACUUUCCGUUCAUUGGACACUCAUGGUCUUGGAGGCAGGCAUGAUUUUGGCCUUUUGUUACACGACAACCUUGCCCACCACAUUGCUGGCCAUGAUUUCAUUUGCCAUUCUAGGACAAAUGUCCUUGGGAACUUGCAUGGCCAUUGUGCCAUACAUCGACCCCGCCAACACGGGCACCAUUGGUGGUAUUGUUGGAGCAGGAGGGAACGUGGGAGCGAUCGUCCUCAGCAACGUCUUUCGGAAUGCUUUUUCCGACCUGGAAGCCUUUCACGUCAUGGCCGUGUUUUGCAUUGCCAUGUCCUUGUUCACACCCUUGAUUCACAUUCGAGGAUAUCGUGGAAUUUGCCUUGGAACCGAACAAGACGGAAAAGAUGCAAGCAAUCUACAACCUCAUCAUCCGACGGAACCACUUCAAUCUUCAUUGCUUCCGUUACGGCGAUUAUUCACGACGAAGAGAGAUGUGAACCAUAACCAUGCAGCUAGGAUGCCCUGGUAUCAUGGAAUCUCUACGGACCAACGUGUCUUUUUGGGAUCGGCAAUAUGGAUGUUCCGAUAUCUUCUACCAAUCGUGUAAAAGAUGAUGUUACUGUAGCACUCUUCAGCAACUUUCG